AUGAACGGCAAUAAUUCACCAGUUUUCAAGUUUAAGACAGUCUUGGGAAAAUCUGAAUCGUUUCUGUCUUUGCUUAACGAUGGCCACACAGAAACGGUCAGCCCCGAGGCUAUUCAUCCCAUAGAGCUAACUGUGCAGUCACUCACGGAAUCUCCGCUGGAGCUUUUAAAUCUCAACAUGCAAUCAUUGUACGAGUCACAAAUCAUAUUAUCAGGUAUGUUGCUAAAAAUGCAGAAGAAGUUGGACGGUCUUGGAAGCUCGGUGCGAUCUGGGGAAGAGGUGGAUAGUGAGGGCUUAGAUGACCAGAACACUGUUGAGGCUUACAAGAAGAGAAUAAACGUUCUAGCCGAGAAAUUGAAGAAGAUAAAUGCUGUAUUGGCCAAGGUAGAAGCUAGGGUGGAUAGAAUAGCAGCUGGAAUGAGAUUGGACUGA